AUGUCCACUUUAGUUAUCGCUGGUAAAGCACCAGUUGUUGCUUAUGCUGAAUUAAUUGCGGCUCGCUAUGUUAAUGCAACCCUAGGAAAAACUGCAAUUACUAUUGAAAUUGUUGAUGACAAAAAAGCUGCUCCAGCUGUCUUCAACGGUAAAUCUGAAAAUGUUUUAAAGGAGAUAGCUUUGCAAUUCCCACAUAUUUUUCCAUCUGAUUCCUUUAAUGAUGAAUGGAUCGGCAUUGCAUCCAAUGAAUUUAUUGUCAAAAACUUUUCCAAACUAAAUGUUUCUUUGGAAAAAUUUGAUGCUCAUUUAAAUCUAAGAACUUUUGUUUUGGAUACUUUGAAACCAACCAUCACCGAUAUUGCUUGUUGGGGUUCUUUAAGGUCUAAUGGUAUGCUUGGUUCUAUCAUUAAAAACAAGGUUUUUAUUAAUGUUACCAGAUGGUACACUUUCUUGGAAGUCUCUCCAAUUUUUGGCAAAUCAUUUGACUUUUUGAACGAAUCCUUGAAACAUGCUUCCAAAAAGAAUAAUGCAGGCAACAACGACAAGUCUGGUAAAAAGAAGGAAACCCACAAGGCUAAUUUUGAAAUUGAUUUACCCGAUGCAAAAAUAGGUGAAGUUGUUACACGUUUCCCACCGGAACCAUCUGGUUACUUACAUAUCGGACACGCAAAGGCUGCUUUGUUAAACCAAUAUUUUGCUCAAGAAUAUAAGGGUAAAUUAAUCGUCAGAUUUGACGACACUAAUCCUUCAAAAGAAAAGGAAGAAUAUCAAGAUUCAAUUUUGGAAGACUUGGAGUUAUUAGGUAUUAAGGGCGAUCAAAUCACUUAUUCCUCAAGUUACUUUGAUAAAAUGUACGAGCUUUGUGUUCAAAUGAUCAAGGAGGGUAAAGCUUAUUGUGAUGAUACUCCAUUGGAACAAAUGAGAGAAGAACGUGGUGAAGGUAUCCCAUCCAAGAGAAGAGAGAGAUCUAUUGAAGAAAAUUUGGAAAUUUUCACCAAGGAAAUGACUAAUGGUACUGAGGAAGGCUUAAAGAACUGUGUCCGUGCUAAGAUCGAUUAUAAGGCUUUAAACAAAACCUUAAGAGAUCCUGUCAUUUACAGAUGCAACCUGACUCCUCACCACAGAACUGGUACCAAAUGGAAAGUUUAUCCAACUUAUGAUUUCUGUGUUCCAAUUGUUGAUGCCCUCGAAGGUGUUACUCAUGCUUUGCGUACUAUUGAAUAUAGAGAUAGAAAUGCCCAAUAUGACUGGAUGUUGGAUGCUUUGAACUUGCGUAAAGUUCACAUUUAUGAUUUUGCCCGUGUUAAUUUUGUUAGAACUCUGUUGUCCAAGAGAAAAUUGCAAUGGAUGGUUGAUGAAAAUGUUGUUUCCAACUGGGAUGAUCCAAGAUUCCCAACAGUCAGAGGUGUGAGAAGAAGAGGUAUGACUGUUGAAGGUUUAAGAAAUUUUGUUUUAUCUCAAGGCCCAUCUAGAAACGUUAUCAAUUUGGAAUGGAACUUGAUUUGGUCCUUCAACAAAAAAGUUAUUGACCCAAUUGCACCAAGACACACUGCUAUUGUCAACCCUGUUAAAUUACAUUUGGUUGGUCCAGACGCUCCUCAAGAACCAACUGUUGAAAUGAAAUCGAAACAUAAGAAGAACCCAAGCGUUGGUGAAAAAAAGGUUAUUUACUACAAAGACGUUGUCAUUGAUAAAGAUGAUGCAGAUUUAAUUAACGAUGGCGAAGAAGUUACAUUGAUGGACUGGGGUAAUGUUAUUAUCACCAAGAAAAAUACUGAUGGUUCUUUAGAAGGUAAAUUACAUUUGGAGGGUGAUUUCAAGAAGACCAAAUUGAAACUAACCUGGUUAGCUGACACAAAAGACUCUGUUGAGGUUGAUUUGGUUGAUUUUGACCACUUAUUAACAAAAGAUAAAUUGGAAGAAGGUGACAAUUGGGUUGAUUUCAUCAACAAGACCACUGAGUUCCACACCCCAGCCAUUGCCGAUUUAAAUGUUAAAGAUAUGAAAGUAGGUGAUAUUAUCCAAUUUGAAAGAAAAGGUUAUUACAGAUUAGAUGCUUUACCAAGUGAUGGUAAACCAUACAUCUUCUUUACUAUCCCAGAUGGUAAGGCUGUUAACAGAUACGGUGCUAAAAAGUAA